GCCAGGAUUACACACAGCAGCUCGGGACACAGCAGAGAGUCCGGUUGCCUCCUGGGUUUGUCCAUCAUGGCGCCGUCUCGUCUCCUCCUGCUCGCCUCUCAGCUGCUGCUCCUGCUCGGUUUCUCUCAGCCGUACUUUCUGACGAACUGCAGCCUGUCUCACGGUUCGAGCCCGGUCUGGGCGGUGGCGGUGGACUGCGGGGGACGCCAGCUGCUGUCCGUCCCCGCCGACCUGCCGCCAGGCACCACCUCCCUCUUCUUCAGUUACAACCGGCUGCAGGCGGUCAGCCGGCUCGACUUCCGCUCCAUGAGGCGGCUGCGGCGGUUGGUGCUGUCUUACAACCGCAUCGCUCGGGUGGAGCAGGGCUCCUUCCUCCACCAGGGGGCGCUGGAGACACUGGACCUGUCCUACAACCUCCUCUGCAACUUGACGGAGAACAUGUUCCAGGGUCUGUCCAACCUGACCCGACUCGACCUCAGCUCCAACCAGAUCCGGGUCCUCCACCCGAUCGUCUUCCGUCUCCUGACGUCCGUCCACACCGUCCUGCUGGAGUCCAACCUGCUGCGGCGGGUGGAGGACGUCCAGCCGCUGCUGCUGCUGCCCAACAUCCACUCGCUGAAACUGGCGUCCAACCUCUUCACGUCCUUUCAGAGCAGCGACCUUCCGCUGACCCAGUCCUCGGCCUUGGAGACACUGGAUCUGUCUUCCUGCCGUCUCCUGGAGUCUUUUGGUAUCACGACGCCGGUCUUCCCCUGCCUGAGAUGUCUCGACCUGUCCAUGAGCGGCGUCCAAUCGGGUCUGAGGUGGGACGUGACCAACCGGACGUUCCUGAGGAGCGUCUCUCAGCUGUCUUUCAACGAGCCACUGUUACCUUUGGACAACGUCCUGCACGUCCUGCAGAGCCUGGACUCGCUGGCUGAGGUCCAGCUGAACUAUGUGGAGGACUGGAUCCGGGGCGGCCUGUUGGACACACUCUGUCUCAUCCCCACCCUUCGGACUCUGGUUCUGGUCUACAACCAUCUGGGGAGGUCGACUCUGGGACUGGCCCGGUGUUCCCAGCUGUCGAUCCUGGACCUGUCGUGGACCUACCUGAGGACGCUGCCUGAAGGCUCGGUCCGCUCCAUGAAGCGCCUGAAGGUCCUGAGACUGCAGACCAACUUCCUGACCGAGGUCCCCAAAGACGUGGGCCGCCUGGUCUCGCUCCGGACGCUGGACCUGAACGACAACCUGAUCUCUGAGCUGCGGUGCGGAGACUUCGGAGACGCCGCCGGCCUCACGGAUCUCGACCUCGGCACCAACCGCAUCGCCAAACUGGACGGCUGUGCGUUCCAGAACCUGACCCGCCUGAGGACGCUGGACCUGAGCCACAACCUGCUCUGGACGUACGGCGGAACCUUCCGGACCGGGCUGCAGAGCCUGGAGCGCCUGGACCUGAGCCGGGGCUUCCUGUUCAUUCUGCACAACGGAGACUUCCAGGGACUGCGGUCUCUGCGGUAUCUGGACGUGAGCUCGGACCACAUCGGCAGAGUCCAGCAGAAGGCGUUUGGCGGACUGAAGGACCUGGAGACGUUGACCGUGUCCAUCCCUCUUGACUAUGAGUGUAACUUCAGAGGACUGCGGCGCCUCAGGAACCUCACCGUCUACCUGAGCACCGACAGAGGCCAGACCAGACCGCCGCGGGCCUCCCCCCAGGCGCUUUAUGAGCUCCGGUCUCUGAAGACCUUCACGGUGGUCUGCCGGGGGUUCCACUUCGGAAUCCCGCUGGAGCCUCCGGAGGAGCUGCUGCAGACGAUGCCCGGCCUGGAGGCCUUCGCCGCCAUCAACGCCUUCACCUCCGCCCCCCGCCCAGACACCUUCCGGUACCUCCCCCGGCUCCAGAACCUGACUCUGGGGAAGACGGACCUGUCGGAUCUGGAACCUGAACUCUUCCACUUCGUCCCGGACCUGCAGACCUUGGAUCUCUCUGAGACCAGCCUCAGAUCUCUGGACUUCCUGUCCGGGGCCGACCUGUUCCGGCUGCGGUCCCUGUCCCUGAGAGACAACCGGCUGGUGACCGUCAACCACACGGUGCUGCGGUCUCUGCCGGCGCUGGUCCAGCUGGACCUGACCGGGAACCCCUUCGCCUGCGACUGCUCCAACGCCGCCUUCAUCGAGUGGGCGAAGACCAACAACCAGACCCAGGUGGUCAACGCCCACGAGUACGGCUGUGCCUUUCCUCCCAGUCGGCACGGGGCCCGGCUGAUGGACUUCGACACGCAGUCCUGCUUCCUGGACCUGGGUCUGGUCUGCUUCGCGUCCAGCGGCGCCCUGGUGGUUCUCACUCUGCUGGCGUCCUUCGUGCACCACUUCCUGAGGUGGCAGAUGCUCUACGCCUACCGCCUCUUCCUGGCCUUCCUCUACGACCGCCGGAGGAAGAGGGCGGGGCCUGAGCGCUAUGACGCCUUUGUGUCCUACAACGUCCACGACGAGGACUGGGUCUACCGCCACCUGCUGCCCGAGCUGGAGGGCCGGCAGGGCUGGAGGCUCUGCCUGCACCACCGCGACUUCCAGCCAGGACGGCCCAUCCUGGAGAACAUCACCGACGCCAUCUACAGCAGCAGGAAGACGCUGUGCGUCGUCAGCCGGCGCUACCUGCAGAGCGAGUGGUGCUCCAGGGAGGUGCAGAUGGCCAGCUUCCGGCUGUUUGACGAGCAGAAGGACGUCCUGGUCCUGCUGUUCCUGGAGGACAUCCCGUCCCGGUACCUGUCCCCGUACCACCGCAUGAGGCGGCUGGUGAAGAGGCGGACCUACCUGAGCUGGACCCAGGCCGCCUCGCACCCGGGUCUCUUCUGGGACAACGUCCGCCGGGCCCUGGAGACCGGGGACGGUCCCGGCCAGGACGCCGCCCUGCUGACCGGGGUUCCAGACCCGAGACAGGGACCCGAAUGAGGUGGCCCUCAGACCCCCAGGAGGACCCCCCCCCCCCGAGACCCCCGGGACUCCAGGAGGAUUUAGGGCGCUCCUCAUUAGCAUAUCAACAUAAUAAAUAUGCGCAUGUUUAACGAAGUCAGAUCAGGUCUCCUGCAUUGUCGUUGCCACGGUGACAGGUCAGCGUUAGCAGACAGGGCAUGUUGCCAUGGCAACAGGUCAGCGUUAGCAGACAGGGCAUGUUGCCAUGGCAACAGGUCAGCGUUAGCAGACAGGGCUGUUGCCAUGGCAACAGUCAGCGUUAGCAGACAGGGCAUGUUGCCAUGGCAACAGGUCAGCGUUAGCAGACAGGGCAUGUUGCCAUGGCAACAGGUCAGCGUUAGCAGACAGGGCAUGUUGCCAUGGCGAUAGACGAUCCCAGCAGUUUGUUCUGUUUUCAAACCACAGCAGUUUUUCUGGUGAACUCGGAAACAUCGUCACCAUGACAACAGCGUUAUUCAUCAGCCUCACACGUUGUCACGGCAACAGCAUGACUGAAGGACGUU